AUGAGUAACAAUUGUAGAAAAAGAAAAAUUCAGCUGCCUGUGCCCCACACGCAAAAUAUACAGAAGUCAAUGCUGAAGCGUUUUUGCUGGUAUUUCUUUCUCUCGGUUGCUUUCUGUCGAAAUGCAUCCGAAUGGCGUUCUCGAUCGAUCUACCAAAUGCUCACUGAUCGAUUUGCCUCGGAUGACUCUCCUCUUCGAUGUACAGAACAACCGAUGUCGGAAAAUACUUCUCGAAACUAUUGUGGCGGGACUUAUCGAGCAGCCGUGGCACAUCUAGACUAUAUUGUCGAAAUGGGUUUCGAUGCUCUAUGGAUUUCACCGAUUCCGUCGAAUGUCGAUGGUGAGACAGUGUACGGAGUUGGUUGGCAUGGCUAUUGGCAAGAUCAUUUAGAACAAUUGAAUCAUCAUUUUGGAACAGAGACAGAAUUAAUCGACUUCAUUCAACAGGCACAUAAACGUGAUAUUUGGAUUAUGUUAGAUGUAGUUGCCAAUCAUGUCGGCCCAAAUUUAACAACCGAUUAUUUUCCUUUCAAUCGACCAGAACAUUUUCAUCAGCUGUGUUUCAUCGAUGAUUACACCAAUCAAACACAGGUCGAGUUUUGUUCUGUUGGCGAUCGUCAAGAUCCGUUGCCUGAUUUGAAUACCGAAAAUGAAUUUGUCGCAUCGACACUCUUCUCUUGGAUACGUGACACAGUCGCCAAAUAUCAAUUCGACGCUAUUCGUAUUGAUACCUUUCGUCAUGUUCCCAAACCGUUCUGGACAAAUUAUACGCGUUCAUCAAGUGUUUAUUCUAUUGGCGAAAUAGCUACAUCCGAAACAGAUUAUGUUGGUGAUUACACACUUUACGCCGACGGUGUUCUUCAUUAUCCAUUGUAUUUUGCUUUGAAUGUCACAUUUCGAGAUGAUCCUCAAUGGCGACAACCGAUGAAUGUCUUAGAAAAACAAGUUCAAGAGAAUGAGAAAUUCUUUAGAGAUACGACGCUCUGUGGUGUCUUUUUGGACAAUCACGAUCAAGCACGAUUUCUGAACUAUACUCAAGAUCCAAUUCGAAUUCAGAAUGCGUUUGUCUAUCUUCUAUUCAGUGAUGGAAUUCCGAUUGUCUACAUGGGUACAGAACAGAAUUUCACAGGAAAUCCGAAUGUAACUCACGGAGCAACCGAUCCGUGGAAUCGUGAUCCUCUAUGGCGAUCUUCAUAUGAUCGUUCAAACUGGAUCUACAAAUAUUUGGGUCAACUUAACCGAAUUCGAACAAUAGCAAUGUCAACAACGUCAGAUGAACAGAAAUCGAAUUCUGGUGAUAAUAGUGAUGAAGUAUGGAAUGGUUGGCGCCCUGUUGAAACAACCGGUAAUUAUACGCAAUGUGGCAAUAAUAUUAUACUCACAUUACAAAAAGGUGAUAACACAUGUGUAUAUAGUGCUUCAAAUUACAUUCCAAUUUUUCGUUUGGAAAAAAUCAAUGGAAAAUCAGCAAGUGGAACAUUUAAUUAUGAGGGACUGAAAUCUCAAGCCGAAGUUUAUAAUGCAUUUACUGAAUUUAUUGAAAGUCAAAUUAAUGCCAACAAUUCAUAA